AUGUAUUCUGAGAAAUCUCUUUUAUUAUCUCGGCUUAACCAAGACAUUUAUUCCAUAAUCUUCAAGUAUCUCGACAAUUUCUCUCUUGUUGUCCUUGGUCAGACAUGUCGUCAUUUUUAUGCAUUAGUCAGUCGGGAAUUGUCAUUCACGUCUGCCAUCUGGCGAGAGAUCGACUGCAAUCCAGUACCCAAUGGUCCACCCAUGUUCCACAACCGUUGCCUGGUCGGAAUCGACAACAAGCUUUACCUUCCAUGGAUGACCAAAGAACCGGUCUGCUUCGUAUUUGACGUCUCACUGUGCUGCUGGGAGAACCCGAUCAGUCUAGAAAUUCGGUCAACUCUCUAUAGACCAUUUGUGACACCAGUGGCAGCCAUUGGAUCAAAGGUCUACAUGUUUGGCGGCCGAGAAGUCUCGUCCUCUGCCCUCUCCAACUCUCUCUGGGUACUUGAUAUAAACACUCGGAUUGUGACCCACCUUGACGUAAACGGAAUUCCUCCAAGACCACGCUUUGACCAUAGUCUGGACGUACUUGAAGAUAGAUAUUUGAUUGUAUUUGGCGGAAUGUGCGCAGAUUCUCCAGGUGAAAGUGACGUCUUUGUAUUUGAUACCUUGACAAAUACAUGGCAAGAGCCACCAGUGGAUGGUCGGCUUCCUUCGGCUCGGUUCGGACAUGCGUCUGUGAUGGUGGGCUGCUAUUUGUAUGUCUAUGGCGGGUGUUUGAUCCAGACCCAAGGAAACACAGUCCACGACCUGCUAUAUCGCCUCGAUUGUUCGACCUGGACGUGGUACAAAUACGACCACCCCGAGGCCUAUCUCUAUCGACAUCGACUGAAUGUUCCCAAUAUUGCCGAGAUAUCCCAAUCUCUGCAGGAGGGAUUCGUUGUCGAAACCACAGGCACACCCCCUAGGGACCGGUUCCAAUGUACCAUGUGCGCGGUUGGAAGAUCAUUACUCGUGAUGGGUGGUCAGACUAUCCGUCAAGAUGUCAACGAUACAAACGAGCUCCACGUUCACUCGCUCAGGACAAUCGAUGUGUUUGAUAGCCGGCGCAAACACUGGAGCUCAAUAACGACCUCGACCAAUGUCUAUCCAGAUUCGCUAACCUGUAUCCAGAUACAGAACUGUCUGAAAGGAGGUCAUUUUAUGAUCGUCUUGGGACAGCACAAGAUAUUCGAAUAUCAGUCAAAGGACAAGAGCAGGCAGAUUCCAGACGAGGAAGGUUAUCUAGACACGACUAUUUAUAGCCACACCUUCAUCCAAGAUGAUAGCCAGGCAGCAUACGAUGGCACAAGUAGUCUUAAACACAAUACUGAGCACAUCUGUCUUGUAUUGAGCUUGAACGAGUAUAGUAUAUAG